CUCGUCGCUGCUGUCGCUCCCUGCCUGUGAGUGGGAGCCCGCGGUGAAUGUGUCUAGCAUCCUUGCGCAGGCAAUGGGGCGACUGUAGAUGAACAAAAAAAAAAGGAAAAGAAAUCCAUUUAAAAAAAAUACUCAAACUCAUUGAAAUCGCAGUGUAAGUUUUUGGCGUUGGCUGCUUGCGAUGAGGGAAGGAAAACAUGCCAGUCUGGAUUCGGUUUUGCGCCGCUGUGCAGCACGGACCGUUAUAUUGAGAGAAAUAAUGCGGAAUAUUCCCCCCUGUAGGUGUUAACGCAGAAAAUACAAGAUGAAGAAGCAAUUCAAUCGGAUGCGACAGCUCGCCAACCAAACGGUGGGAAGGGCAGAAAAAACAGAGGUGUUGAGUGAGGAUCUUCUACAGGUGGAGAAGCGUCUGGAUCUGGUCAAGCAGGUGACACACAGCACUCACAAGAAGCUCACUGCCUGCCUGCAGGGUCAGCAGGGGACUGAUGUGGAGAAGAGGUCUGUCAAGUCGCCUUCUAAAAAACUACCACUCACGAUCCUGGCACAAUGUUUGGUAGAGGGGGCUACAGUGUUGGGAGACGACUCUCUCUUGGGGAAGAUGCUGAAGCUGUGCGGGGAGACAGAGGAGAAGUUGGCUCAGGAGCUCAUCCAGUUUGAGUUCCAGAUAGAGAGAGAUGUGGUGGAGCCGCUGUAUGUGCUUGCUGAGGUGGACAUUCCCAACAUCCAGAAACAGAGGAAGCACCUAGCUAAACUUGUCUUGGACAUGGACUCUGCACGGACAAGAUAUCAGCAGUCGUCCAAGUCAUCCAGUCACCCAAGCACUCUGCAGCCUGGCGCCAAGUCCGAGUCCCUCAGAGAGGAGAUGGAAGAGGCGGCCAAUCGGAUGGAGAUUUGUAGGGAUCAGUUGUCUGCAGAUAUGUACAAUUUUGUGGCCAAAGAAAUCGACUAUGCAAAUUAUUUCCAGACACUGAUAGAAACACAGGCAGAAUAUCACAGGAAGUCAUUAGAGAUUCUUCACAGUGUCCUGCCCCAGAUUAAAGCUCACCAAGAGGCGUGGGUCGAGAAGCCAUCAUUUGGCAAGUCUUUGGAGGAACACCUGAACAUUAGUGGCAGAGAGAUCGCCUUUCCCAUCGAAGCCUGUGUCACCAUGCUGCUGGAGUGUGGCAUGCAAGAGGAGGGCCUCUUCAGAGUGGCUCCAUCAGCCUCCAAGCUGAAGAAGCUGAAAGCCUCCCUGGAUUGUGGAGUUCUGGAUGUGCAAGAGUACUCCUCUGACCCACACGCCAUCGCAGGGGCUUUGAAAUCAUACCUCCGCGAGCUCCCCGAGCCCCUGAUGACCACUGAACUUUAUGAUGAAUGGAUUCAGGCCUCCAACAUUCAAGAUAUAGACAAGAGACUCCAGGCAUUAAUGGCGGCGUGUGAGAAACUCCCCACAGACAACCUGAACAACUUCCGAUAUCUAGUCAAAUUCUUAGCCAAGCUGAGUGACUAUCAAGACGCAAACAAGAUGACUCCCGGCAACAUGGCGAUCGUGCUCGGCCCUAACCUGCUCUGGACGCACACUGAAUCGAACAUGACAGAGAUGAUGACCACCGUGUCCCUGCAGAUUGUUGGAAUCAUCGAGCCCAUCAUCCAGCAUGCGGACUGGUUCUUCCCUGGAGAGAUCGAGUUCAACUUGACGGGCAGCUACGGCAGCCCGAUCCACACCAACCACAACUCCAACUACAGUUCCAUGCCCUCGCCGGACAUGGACCAAUCCGACCGCAAGCAGCCGCACGACCAGAGCCGACGCCCACUGAGUGUCGCCACCGACAACAUGAUGCUGGAAUUUUACAAGAAGGAUGGCAGCAUUAGGAAGAUUCAAAGUAUGGGUGUCCGCGUCAUGGACACCUCCUGGGUGUCUCGAAAGGGUUCGUCCACCCUGGCGCGCAAGACCUCCUCCACCCCUCCAGGCAUGCAAGGCCCCAGUUCUCCCGCAGACACACUCAUCCCAGAACAGCCCGGAGAGCUCGUCACCUCCCCUUCUGCGACACCACCACCCGCAGAAAGGUUUUGCUCAGACAACGUGUCGCCCAAUCGGCCGGACACCUCUCAUACCCAUCCACCCCCGGGGGAGGACCGGCCACCCCCCCCUUACCCCACUUCUUCAUGCCACACUUUGCCCCACCUCUUCUAUCCCAAACCCCCACCCUGCGCUCGCCCUGUGGCACCGGGUCCAGAGUCCCAGCCCCCCGCCUCACCCCCACCCCCAAUGCGCUGGUCUGGCUUUACUCCCCCUGCCCCGCCCCCUUCCUCUUCCUCCUCCUCGUCCUCCUCGUCACUUGACAUCAAUUCGAACCCCAAACCCAGCUGUCUGCACUUCCCCAAGCACAGUCCGCCUGGUGACUUGUCGCAUGCCCCCCCACCAGACCUUAACGCCUCUCCACUCUACAUCAAAACCCCCUUGGUACUAACCCGCCACGACCAGUCCCUCGGCAACCCCCCUAGCCUCCCUUCGUCUGCACCCCCGCCGUGGGCUGCCUGUCCAUGUGCCAGAGAGAGAGGACCCCCCAGGCUGACUAGUUCAUUGAAGAGUAAAGAGCUUUCCCCUGUAAUUGGACACAAAGCCAUCCAGGUGGCAGGUCCAACUGUCCCCCCCAGCUGCAGCAGCAGUCCUCAGAGCAGCAGCCAGUCCCCCCACUCCACAGAGCACAGUCCACACACCCUGCGCAAAGGUUCCAAGAAGUUGGCCCCUGUGCCUCCCAAGGUCCCGUAUUGCCAGUCUGGUGGGAUGUCCGACCAGUCCACAGGUCAGCCGUCACCGGUCAGCCUGUCUCCCACACCUCCUAGCACUCCCUCCCCUUAUGGACUGGCCUGCCCUCCAGGGCAAGUGCCCCCACCCUCCCCUGGGCAGACCCCAUUUGGGGCGCCCCACUCCCUCUCGUCCCCUCCCUCCCUGAGCGGAACACUCACCAAGUCUCGACCAACCCCUAAGCCCAGGCAGAGACCUAGUCUGCCCCCUCCUCAGCCACCCACAGCCCCUCCUGGGUUUACUGGCCCGGCCAUGGCCCCAGUCCCCCAGCCCCUGGAGCAGGGCCUCCUGGAUGGACUGUCUCCUGGGGAGAGCAUGUCUACAGAUAUCUUCAAUUAUGAAAUCCCCUCCAUCAAUGUCAAUCUGGACAGCCUCAUCGAUGAGUUCAGCGGUGCCCCCUACAGGAGGUCUCUGGCAGUGACAGACUCUCCAGAGGGAGACACUGUGCCUGACGAGGAGCCCCAGAGCACCACUCUAUGACCAUAAGACAUCACAGCUUACCAGCACCGCUAUGGCUGUACAUACUUUUAACUGUCGCCGCCAAGGCCUGAUGGAAACACCAAUUGGCCUCACCAAUGCCCACCUGAAACCAGAGCUCAAACCCUCCCUUACAUCUGCUACUGGCUGCAAAGAAACUCAUCUCUCACAGCUGCUCGCUAGUACAUAAUUGUGACUACACACAAAUAAAAAAAACAAACACCAAAAUGCCAUAGUGGACGAACAGUUGCCUUUCGGUGGAAAGACUGGAUUAUAGAUGAGUAUUAUAUUUAAAAGGAUUUUUUUUUUUUUAAGUUCAUUAUUUUGCUUUGUAUUUGUUGUUUGAUGCAGUGGUCUGAAUUUUCUGUACUUUUCCUGCAUUUUUUUUUCUUUCUUUUUUAUUUAUUUUUUUGCCUUCUUAGAACAUGCAAUCAAAUUGCAAUAUGAUAUUCAUGAGUUGUAUAACUUUUUAGUUAGGGAAACUCAGAGCCUGACGUGGUUAGGAACAAUGCCCAUCCUCAGGGUGAAAACAGAGAGACAGAGUAUAAGAGAGUAAUCUGGUUACAUUGCUCACAGGGUAUUCAAGCUUUGCUGCACAUUAGGAACAUGCUGAGCCCGACAGCUUUGGCAUGACAGGCGAAACAUUCGAUGCCGUUUGAUUUAUUUAUUUAUUUUUUCGAAUGACCCUCUUUCCCUCGACAACAACCGCAUCUCUUUUUUCAAACUGGUAAAAAUUCACUUUAACUCACUUUAUACCAGCACAGUAUGAGAAGAAUGUUACUGUAAUUUCAAGUUUCAGAGCUUGCAUUCUGUCAGUUAAGGAACAAAAAAAACAAAAACAAAGCACCAAUAUGUGUUUGCAUGACAAGUCAAUAUGAUCCAACUGCUUCGGAUCGAGGGCCUUUUAAAGUGGCAGUGUUUUAUUUUGUGCGAGUGUAUUUGGUUGUUGUCGCUGUCGCUGUUGUUGUUGUCCGUGGCGAGUGGAUUGGGAUUGCCCCGCGUGCCGUUACAGUGUGAUAUAAUGGACGGAUGACUACACUGCCUUUAGGUUCACAUGGUUCUCCCUCUUAACCUUGUUUCAAGUGCUUCAGGUUCAGUGACCCUGUAAAUACACGCUGUACAUACGUUCAUGUAUAUAAACCUGAGAGGAAAAAUAUAUGUAAAAUGCAUAUAUCUAUAUGUAUCUAUAUAGAUAUAUAUAAUGAUAAUAUAUGUGCUGAUAUUUAUCUGGUGUAGAAAGUGU